AUGUUUAUAACAGAAUUGUGGGAUUCAAUAUUCACUCCAGGUACUACUCCUGCUUUAAUAACGGCAACUCAUAUUUCAUUCGUUUUGUUAAUAACUUCAUUAAUAUUUUUGAUUUUUUUAUCAAAAUCAAUACAUUUUAUUAAUUUAUUAAUUAUUGCAUUAAUACUAUAUGCUGCUGUAAUAUGGUUCAUAAAUGAAUUGAAAAAUGUUAAAUUACAAAAUAAUCAAGAAUUGAAUAAUAAAGAAGAGAAAGUUGUUGAAGAUAAUAAAAAUGAAAAAUUGCCUACAAUAAAUAGUACAAAGUCUGAAUCAGUAAGGAAGAGAAAAGUAUAA